AUGACAUCUCACUCGGAACACUGCUCGAGCGCUGAGGCCUACAGCGAGCGCGUCUUUCGACAGCUCGAAGACAACCGCCCCUCCGACGUCCCCGCUGACUUCUCCGGCCCUCUGCCCGAAACGUCGAAGACCACCAAGCCGAAGUCGACGGCCUCGCAAACCCAACUGGCUCGCAACAACACCGUUGGAUCGCCCGACGUCUACACGCAAUCUGAUGUGGGUAAGUCCACCAUCCAACGGACCGGUUCCGUGGGCAAUGGCCGCGUGGCGCAGCUCGUGGCCAGCUACGAGGCCAGAUCCCGUCGUACUGAAGACUUGGCCCAGGAGACCGCUCGUCGUAGGCGGGAGAUGGCCUCGGCCGAAAACCAAGCUACUUCCCCAGAUGACGCGCAUUCCCUGCCACAGGACCCUAAGGUAUGCCAUGUGUGCAUUGCUAAUGAAGACAAGGGAUGGGUAAAGGUCGUUGAUGAGGAUUUGGACUAG